AUUCAUCGAUGCUUCCACACUGCACUUCAAGCAAUUUUGAAGCUCUAUCCAACCAUUGUGAAAUUAUCGAAUGAUACUAUCCAGUUGGAGAUAAGGAACAACCAUCCUUAUUACCCUUGGUUUGCUGUGAGUAACAUAUUAAAUAUUAAGUUUUUAAUUAAUUUUGAACAUCAGUAUAUAUUAUUAACUUUAGUUGUACAUAUAGGAUUGUGUAAAAACAAUAGAUGGCACACAUGUGCUUGCAUCUGUUCCUAUCGAACACCAAAAUAGGUAUCGUGGCCGCAAAGACACAACAACACAAAAUGUCUUGGCUGCUGUCAGCUUUUAUUUGAAGUUCACAUAUGUGCUUGCUGGUUGGGAAGGAUCUGCUCAUGACUCGCGCAUAUUAAAUGAUGCAUUGGAGAGACCACGGGGGUUUCAAGUCCCCCAAGGUAUCUUAUUCAACCUAAAGUAGUUCAUAAAAAGAAAAAAAUAAAUAUGUAUAUUAAUUAACUUUGAUUUUGCUUUGUAGAUAAAUAUUAUAUUUUGGAUGCGGGAUAUGGCCUUUGUAAGGGGUUUAUUCCUCCCUAUCAUGCAGUACGCUAUCACUUACAACAGUAUAGUGAUUGUCCUCCCCAAAAUGAGAAAGAAUUGUUCAACCUCCGUCAUGCAUCAUUGAGAUCUGAUGUUGAACGUGCUUUUGCUAUUCUCAAGAGACGGUUUCGUGUGAUUGAUAAUGAACCCUUUUGGGACUUUAAAACAUAAGUGGAUGUGGUGUUAGCAUCAUGCAUUUUACAUAAUCACAUAAUCGAUUUGGAGCCAAAUGACCCAAUAAUAAUACAAGAAGUAGACGGGCAACCAUAAGUUCAAACACAAAAUGCUCAAAUUACUCACAGUUCUCAAGGGAGUCAAACCUAUCAGACACCUAGAGAAAGACGUGAAGAAGCUAGGGAAUGGUCAUUAAAAAGAGAUGAUAUUGCUCAUGCCAUGUUUACAAACUAUGAUCGGAGGAGGAAUAGAUGAAUUUAGUCUAUCAAGAAAUAGAUUUUUUAUAGUCAUCUUGGUUUUAAUUGUUUGUGUUUCCAUAUACUCUUAUGUAUAGUGACUUUACAUUCUGUAUGAUUCAGUUGUCUUAUCUCUAUUUAUCUUAAAUUUCAUGUUUGGCAUGUUUCCUAUAACAGUUAACAAUGGUAAAAAAAGGAGAUAAACAGUUUAGGUGGUCAAAACCAAUGCAAUAUUUGAUGUUGGAGAUCCUGGAUGAUGAAGUGAAACAAGGGAAUAAAUCAACUAAUCAGUUUAAGGCCAUCUCAUUCAAUCGUGUUUCGGAUGCCAUUAAGCAACAACUAGGAAUGGAGGAGUGUACACCUAAGCAUGUGGAGAAUCAUCUCAAAACACUAAGAAGUACAUGGAAUACAGUGCAAACUCUACUAAAUAAAAGUGGUCUUGGAUGGGAUGAUAGCUUGAAGAUGAUUACUGCCAGUCCUAGAGUUUAUGCUUUACACGUUCAGGCUCAUCCUACUCAUGAGAACUUCAUUAACAAAAAGAUUGAAAUGUUUGAAGAAAUGUCCCUCAUGUGUGGGAAUGAUCGAGCUAGGGGUGAUUGUGCUAAGUCGUUUGAUGAUAUAGGCUUGGAUUGUAGUUCGGAGAAAGGUAAUGAUAAUGACAUUGAAGGGCCAUCAAAGGAAAAAGAUGUGCAAGACGUAGUAAGUGAAACUUCUCAAGUCAAAGCAAGUCGUAAACGAAGUCGUUCUUCUGAUGUGCAAGAUGUGGUCGGUGAUAUAUCAACAAAGCUUGGAGAAGUGGCAGCGGCAAUCAGUAAGAUAACUGAUAGUCGAUUAGAUGUGACAAGAUUGUACGAAGAAACUAUGGCAACAGAAGGUUAUGAAGAAGAGUUCUUAGGUGAAGCUUUUGAUUAUUUGGUGCAAAGUGAUAUGUUAGCUACAGCAUUCAUGGCAAAAAAUCAGAAUCUCUGCAAGGUUUGGCUGGAAAGAUUCAAGCGACAACACUAAAAUACACAAAUGGGGUUGGAAGAACAAAGCUAGAAUAUGAAGCAAUUGUUAUAGGAAAAUAUUUUGUUGCUUGUCUAAUAUGGUCUGUGAUACUUGUGUGAUGUUUUUUCUCAUGUCUACUUGCUUCUUGAGUACUCCUAUAUUGAGAAUGGUUAUUAUGGAGUUGCUCAUAUUUCUUCUCUUUUAUCUGUGUACAGACGUUUAUCGUUGUUAGCCUGAAUCUUAUAUGUUGCAAGAGAUUAUAUAAUAGAAA